AAACCGAAGGGUGUCGAAAGCAACUGCCGACCCUUACCCACAUGCCGAUUCCUUUCAUACUUUCCUUCAUUACUUAACGGAACCGUCUCUAUCCGUCACGGCCCAUCACGUUCCGUCAAACUACCCCCCCAACGUCUCUCCUUCCUCCCCUAACGUCUUCCGUUCAGACCGUUCCCCUUUCCCCCAAACCUAACCCUAACGUCCGGCUAUGGCCUCUUCCGUUGACGACGAUUUCUCUCUCCUCGAUGACCACCAAACUAACCCUAACCUCCACCACCACCACCCUUCUUAUGCGCAGAUCCACGCGCCUCCCCCCGACAACCAGGAUGCCGAUGAUGACUCUGAUUCCGGCUUCCGUGGCGCCAACUUUGGUAACAACAACAAUAACGCUAUAUCUUCCGAUGUACGGAUCGAGAAGAGGAGAGAUCAGGAGGAGAUAAAUGACGGCGUUUUGAAGAGACCGAAGCAAUCGACGACGGAGUAUCGAAAAGACAGAGAAGAAUGGAGCGACGCCGCAAUUGGAUGUUUAUUGGAGGCGUAUAUGGAGAAGUUGACGCAACUGAACAGAGGGAAUCUGAAAGGGAGAGAUUGGGAGGAGGUGGCUGCGGCGGUUACCGAGCGAUGCGAGAAGCAGAGCAAGAGCGUCGAGCAGUGCAAGAACAAGGUUGAUAAUUUGAAGAAAAGGUAUAAGCUUGAGAGGCAUAGGAUGAGUGAUGGCGGCAUCGCGUCGAGUCACUGGCCUUGGUUUAAGAAAAUGGAGGAGAUUGUUGGAAAUUCGCUGCCAGUAAAGGCAGUGGCCGAUGAAGAUAAGGGCGGCGCUUCCCCAGGAACUGCCGUUAGACAAUCCAAAAGAUAUGCUUCAGCUACACCAAGUCCUGUAGGUCAGAUAAUUAGCAUGAAGUCCAAAAGUCCUAAAUGGCGCAGAGUGGUAUUCAAAAUUAGUGGCGCUGCUCUUGGUUGCACUGGUCCUCAAAAUAUUGACCCAAAGGUGGCAAUGCUGAUUGCUAGGGAAGUUGCAAUUGCAUGCCACCUUGGUGUGGAGGUAGCAAUAGUUGUUGGAGGUCGCAAUUUCUUUUGUGGAGACACAUGGGUUACGGCAACUGGUUUAGAUAGAAGUACUGCAUAUCAAAUUGGCAUGAUGGCAUCUGUGAUGAAUUCUAUACUACUGCAAUCAUCAUUGGAGAAAAUGGGCGUUCAGACCCUUGUGCAAACUGCACUUUCACUGCCGGAGGUUGCAGAACCAUACAGUCGACAACGUGCCAUCCGUCAUCUGGAAAAAGGUAGAGUUGUAAUAUUUGGUGGCAUUGGUGCUGGCACUGGAAAUCCACUCUUUUCUACGGACACAGCUGCAGCACUUCGAGCUUCAGAAAUUCACGCCGAGGCAGUUCUUAAAGGUACGAAUGUUGAUGGUGUCUAUGACUGCCACUCCCAGGACAAUAAUGCUACAUUUGAGCACAUCUCCUUUAGAGAGUUAGUCUCUAGAGGUGCCACAGCCAUGGACAUGAUGGCAUUAACCUUCUGUGAAGAGAAUGGCGUUCCUGUUGUGGUCUUUAAUCUUCUUCAGCCUGGAAACAUCUCGAAAGCAUUAUGUGGAGACCAAGUUGGUACGUUGAUUGAUCCAACUGGAAGGACAGGCUGAUCUAGAAACCCUUAUCAGAUGCAUUUCUAGUUGUUCUGACCAUGGAUAUUAAGUCAAUAUACUCUAGUAACAACAAGUGUUCCUGUAAAUUCGGCUACGUUUUUCUAGGACUGAGGCUUGGAUGGAUUCUUGACUUGAAGAUGAUGCUGCUUUAACAUCUUUAGGCCAGGUUUUAACCUGCAAUGCCCAUGCCCGUAACUGAUUAUUCUCAUAGCUAAUUGCUUCAUUACAAUCUGUAUUCUAGUAUAGUAACAAUAUCUAUUGUAUUUAAAUGUGUUAGAAAUAGUAUCAAUUUAUUGAAACUUUAGCUGUGGUAGAUGGUUGCUGCAAUGUACCAUUAACGAUUUACAAGAAUACAAGUGAUACUGUGAGAGUUUGUAGUUCUCAGGUAAUACUCUUAGAUUAUAAUUAGAAGUAGGAAGUUGUCACAAGCUGAAACUUAUUAAUGACAACUUCUGCCAGAAAUAUAAUUAUUUUCAAAUUUAAAGAUGCAUCUCUCAAAUUGCUUACAAUCUGUAUCAUUGUUUGUUCUGAGAUUUCAAUAAAUAGAAGGGUGAGAAAUGAUGCCAUGAAAACGUCUCUCUGCACAGUAUUUUUGAAGCAUUUAUGCAUAUACCAGGAAUGGUGAUUUCAUUCUGCAAUCCUUCCAUUUUCUGUAUAUUCUAAACCGUGUGCAUGAUAAUACUAAUCAAAGCUCAUUAGA